CCGCCUAAAAGCUUUUAUGUGUACAUUUCUUUCGUAUUGUAUCCACAAUAUAUUUACAUUUCUUCCAUGCUCUCACUUCGAUGCUUUUUUGUAAUGUUUUGUUUAUAUCACGCGUAGUGAACAUGUGGAUGCGUCAUCGUGUACCGCCGACCUCAUUCAAUCUGCUGUGUGACGGAGUGGUUCUCGAAAUGAAUGCUAUCAAUUCUAGGCUCAUCUCAAUGUUUGAGUGAUGUUUUUCGCUCAUCGUGGGAGGUACCCACUCCCGUUUGAAUGGACCUCAUCCAUAGUUACGGUUCUAUUUAUUCCGCUACUAGUCCUUGCCAAUCAAGCGAGUUUUGAUUUGGAAAAGUCUCUGUCAACUUCAUGUGAUCGGCAUUGCUACAAUGGUGUGUGCCUGAAUGGUUCCUGUGUAUGCUCGAAGGGAUGGGUUGGGAGUCAAUGUGAUCAUUGCUACGGGCGAAUAAAGCUUACUGAAAACCAGAGCCAACUCAUUGACGGCCCCUUAGACUACAGCUCAUCUUCGAAGUGUACAUGGGUUAUUGAAAAUGAAAAGAAGUCUGGCGCACCUUUGAAUAUCAAAUUGGAGAAUUUCCAAACUGAAUGUGGUUGGGACUUUGUGUACAUCUAUGAUGGUGAUGGCGUAUACGGUGAACAACUUGCUGCUUUCUGUGGUGAACAGGAAGUGCAAGAAAUUAGCGCCCCUUCCGGUAAAGCACUAAUUUAUUUCUUCAGUGAUUUAGCUAUGAAUUUGAACGGGUUCAACAUAUCUUACGAGUUCAACAAAUGCCCAUAUAACUGUAAUUUUCGUGGUAAUUGUGAAAAUAGCAAGUGUAACUGUAAGCCAGGUUAUACGGGUGUCUCUUGUGAAACACAUAUAUGUACAGAACAAGAGGAAGGAAAGCCAGGUCCUUGCCAAAAUGGUGGAGUUUGCCGAAACUCUCGCUGCUCUUGUACAGACAAUUACCAUGGUGAUACCUGCGACGCUCACAGAGGUCGUUCCGUAUGGGAUCGUAUUCCUACGCAAAACGACGUGACAGGUCGAGCUUCUCAUGCGUCCGUUAUCAUCGAUGAUGCCAUUUGGAGCAUAGGUGGUGAACGCUUCAGCGGAGUGGAGUUUGAGGAUCCUGUCGUUUACAACAUCACCUCUCGAUCAUGGACUACCAUCGCUGUGGAGGGAGACUUACAGCCGGCUGCCAGAUUCGACCACACUUUAGUUCGCUACAAAAUGCGAUUAUACAUGUUUGGUGGUGUCAUUGACCGGAGAAAUAUAACGAGCGAAUUAUGGAGCUUCGAUCUUCACACCAGAGAAUGGAGAAAGGAGGGUAGCGACAACAGUGACUUGAUGGUACCUCCGCUAUCUGUUGCUGGGCAUACUGCUCAUGUUAUCGGCUCUGAAAUGUACAUUUUCUUUGGCUAUCACCCGGAAAUCGGAUUUGUCCAUAAUGUGCAGAUUUACAACUUUGAAACUGGAAGGUGGCGUUUUGGAAAUACUAAGGAUCAAGUUUAUGGUCGCUUCCGCCAUUCAUCUGUUCAUUACAAAAUGGAUUCUGGUGAUGCAGUUUUGGUUUACGGUGGAACGAUGUGGUCUAAUUCCCAGAACAACCUCACUGAUAGUCUGAUGAAAUAUGAUAUCAAGCAUGAAAAAUGGACCAACCUUCCUCCAUCGGGUGUACAACUAUUUCUUCACACUGCUACGGUUUUGAAUGGUUUGAUGAUCGUUGUGGGUGGAAAUGGCUACAAUAUUAGUGAAUCAAGGCCGAAACAGGAGUGUUUCUCUGGAAUGGUACAAGCAUAUGACAUUGCCUGCAAGCAGUGGUUCAAUAUCUCAACCGGUGCGUCUCAGCUACGACGAUAUGGUCAUACUGCUGUUGCAACAAGUAAUGAAUUGUUUAUCAUUGGUGGAUUCAACGGAAGAAUGCUCAAUGACGUCUGGCGCUUUACUCCUGCCGAGUGUGCAUCGGCAACGCGUCCAGAAGGGUGCCGUUCGUUAACCGACGGGGUUAAGUGUGUGUUUGCUGAUCGUACUUGUGUCAAAUUUGAUCCGUUCGUCAGCUAUAAGCAACCAUUUCUGUCUUUUGUUAAAAAUGAAUCGCCAAAAUCUAUGUCGGAGUGUAGGAAUACAGCGCUCAGACAAGCGCUGCAAGUAUGUGAUGAGCAAAACGAUUGUAUGUCGUGCAUAUCAGAGCCGGGUUGUGGUUGGUGUCCUUCAGGAGAUCAGUGCCUUCCUGCUAAUGAUGGCGAGUGUGUGGACGGUCAAGUGAUGCUAACGGCAUGGGAGAAAUGCUCUCUUACUCGGGAUCCGCCACCACCGCGUCCGUGCGGUAUGGCUAAUGAUUGUCGCAGUUGCAAGUUAUUGGCUCACUGUAACUGGUAUACGGUUGAAGGGAAACCUACUUGCAUACCUCUUGAGGAUGAGAUACUACUGAAAAAAGAGCAACUUGAUCGUGAGCUGGAUCGUGUGGCUUCGUCCAAUUUGCCAUUACGUUUGCCCACCACUCCACCCCCGAUUCCACCUGGGCAAAAUUUGUCUUAUUGUCCUCUCCCGUGUUCUUCUCUGUAUACUUGCACUCAGUGUCUCCAAGAACAGAAGUGCAUGUGGUGUCCCAGCACGAAUAGAUGUAUAAACAUGGAAGCAUACGCCUUAUCUUUUGCGUAUGGACAAUGCCAUUCGUGGGUUGCUGGUCAUGCUCAUGGAUUUGCCUUUUCGAAGUCAUGCAGAAUAGAGUCUUCGAAUUGCUCUGCUCACAAAACUUGUGCUGAGUGUCAGCUUUCGCCUGGCUGUGGAUGGCUGGACGACGGCUCACAUACUGGUUUGGGGAACUGCACCCAAGGAUCACUGCAAGGUCCUCUGAAUGCUGGACCUGACUUCAAUCGCAAACAGUGGUACUUCACAGAAUGUCCAGCAUGCCAGUGUAAUGGGCAUUCUAUGUGUAACGAAACACGUCAUUCGCUUGGGGGUAUUCAAGAAGUUUGUGGAGAAUGUCAAGACAAUACCAUGGGGAAGCAUUGCGAGUUGUGUGCGCCUGGAUACUUUGGAGAUCCACGUAAUGGUGAUCACUGCAAACCUUGUCAGUGCAACGGGCAAGCUGAUACUUGUGAUAACGUGACCGGAGCAUGCCAUUGUAGAACGAAAGGUGUGACAGGUAAUGAAUGCGACCGCUGUGAGCAGAAGUACUAUGGCACGCCUAAGAAUGGGACUCCUUGUUACUAUGAGCUCAGUGUAGACUUUAUCUUCACAUUCAAGCUGAAAAACGAAGACAAGGAUAGGCACGCGACCGAAAUUUAUCUUUUUAGCAUUCCACACAAGAAGGAUACCGAUGUUUCCUUCCAAAUAAGCUGUGAUGGAGCAUCGGGCGCGAAUGUGGCAUUGAACAUCACUUCUUCGCAUUUACAACCGAAUCCUAGAAAGAUGAUGCACAAUACCACAUGUGACUCGAAAGGAUUCCGGCGAGUUUAUGUUUCUGACCCAGAAUAUGCGUAUGGGACUGACGCAAAUACCACCUUCUUUGUUCGUGUCUUCAACUUCACCACUCCGAUCCAAAUCCAAGUGUCUUUUGCUCAGUCUCCUCCCAUAAACUGGGUUCUAUUUUUCGUCAUUUUUGCUGCCUGUUUCAUCGUUCUGUUAGUUGUUGCUGGUCUCUUGUGGAUGAUCAAACUCCGCAUCGAAGUGUAUCGCAGAAAUCAAAGGAGAAUUGAUGAGAUUGAACACAUGGCUUCACGGCCUUUUUCGUCAAUCAAGCUGGAACUCACCAAUCCGCACUGUUUUAUGGCUAGCGGCCCAGUGCAUGGACCCACUCCUCUGUCUGUUGAGCCGUGCAGCAACUAUAAAUCUGGAAUUUUCACACUGGCGGUUCGAUUACCGACCGGAGGCCGAGCAACCACUCCGAACGGCACAUCCGGACUGGCGGUUGCAUCUGCUCUGUGCCAGCUCACACCUGCCCAGUUGGGAGUGCUUCAGGCGCCCGAUAAUUCGGAACAUAGAAACAAUCGAAAAACUACGUUGCGUAGGUAUAUUCCUUUUCUACGAGCAAGGGAAAAUGACACCGGUUAGCUUGGUUCUUGCAAAAUGUAUUUCAAGAGCUCAACGUUUUGCUUGUAUCUCAUUGAUCAAAAUUUAGAUUGUUCAUGUAACAUUUCGUAUUUUUCUAAAUCUCUUGAAGAAAUGCGGUUUAAAACUAAAUGAGGGUGCAUGGGCAUUAAACGGAAAGUACGUGAUCUGUUGGCUCAAAAGAGUUUCUAUCAAUUUCAUAUGUAAUGACUAUGAUAUAUACAUUUAUGGAAGCUUUGUCCGAAGGACGAACAGUGUAUGUGAUAUCUGGUAGGACACUUGCUGUAGUUUGUGUGUGAUAAUAGCAUCUCAUAGUUUUUCAUCUGCAUAAUGCAUUAUAUUCAGUUCACUAUAUCAGUAUAAUAAGUGCCUUUAUGCUGGGCAUUCAUUCUGGUAUCAUCAAAAAUCACUUCAAAUUGCAUUUUACGCGUUCUCCUAUCCGUGAGAUUGCUCGAUGUUGUUAUUGUCUUUCCAAGAAUUAUUGUUUGCUGAUUUUGUACUUUUACGUGUCAUUAUAGAGUGAUGAAAUUUUUUGCAUUUCUUUAUUAGCACUCUGUUAUGAACAACCUGAU